AACGAAGAGUCCAAUAGGAUUACAAAAAAUAGCGAAAGUGAGUCCGCGUGGGUAUUAUAAAUUGCGGGUUGAAAGAGAGUAACCGAUAAAUGAAAAGAGCAGAAAAAAGAGUACAAGCAGUGUCCUCUCAUUUGUCUCCGCCGGCGCAACUCCGACAGCCUUCCGUGACCAUGUCCGAGAAAGAGGCCGCUCUUACUGCAGCUCCCUCCGAUUCGCCCACCAUAUUUGACAAGAUCAUUAACAAGGAAAUUCCAUCCACAGUUGUUUAUGAAGAUGAUAAGGUACUAGCUUUUAGGGAUAUCGCUCCACAAGCUCCUACACACAUUCUGGUGAUCCCAAAAGUGAGGGAUGGCUUGACUGGCCUCUCUAAGGCAGAGGAGAGGCACUGCGAAAUUCUUGGUAGGCUUCUUUACACUGCAAAGCUUGUUGCUAAACAAGAAGGUCUUGACGAUGGCUUCAGAAUUGUGAUCAAUGACGGACCAAAUGGAUGCCAAUCUGUUUAUCACAUUCAUGUUCACGUAAUUGGAGGACGUCAAAUGAACUGGCCUCCGGGCUAAGCCGUUAUCAUGGUUAUGUUCCUUCUACUCCCAUGGCGGUAGAAACAUAAAUUAUAACAGUGAUUUAAACUAUUAAUAAGGAUUUGUUAUUUGCCUUGAGAAAAUAUUGUGCUCCAUGUAACUCUUAUUGUGUUGAGCUUCAUAAUUAUAUAUUAAGCAAAUAACUGUUGAACUAAA